AUGGCGUUGGUGAACGACUCCGACUCCCGGCCGCACUCUCCAGCCCCGUCGACAAGGUCAGUGACCAUCAACCGGCCGAGCCGGCCAAGCAGCCCGCCCGCGUCUGUUGCGCCCGCCGAACGCCACACGCCAGAGCCGGCGUCCUCCCAUGUGGGCCCCGCCCCCGACGGCGGCGCGUUGCUCAGCUCGGGAGAUGACCUACAUCUGGAAGGGCCCGAUCAUGAUUGGCAGAUUGACGACAACAUGGCCUCUUUGCGCUUCAUCUUGAAUAACAACCCCGACGCCUGUGCCGCCGACGAGUUCCCCGAACCCUCCUCGCCGCCCCUCGAACCGACAUCGAGCCGUCUUCCUGCUCCCGAACUGAGCCUGCUGGCCGAUAAAUCCCGGAAGCCCUUCCACAAGUGGAUGAAUACUCUGCGCAAACGCGGAGAACAGCGGCGCCGCGACCUAGACUUGGACAUCACUGCCGCUCAGUUCCUCUCGAUCGAUGCCGAGGUGACCAAGCCCGCGAACUACAACCGCCACCGCCGGCAUUCAUCGUCAGAUUCGUCUUUUGCCUUCAUUACCGCCUUGAAGAGUCCCAGUAUCAGCCUCGCCAGCUUCAGCGUCCUUGGCCGAUCCAAGCUGGCUACAAAUGUCGUGUCUUCCAAGGCUCACUCGCGGACGGACCGGAGCAGCAGGGCAUCCAUAUCGGGGGUGAGGCUAUCGGAGGAUAGCCAGUAUCCCGGCAGAGGCGCAACUAUGGACCCAGCCGUUGCCGAGCGCGCCAUGCAGCGCCGCCGCAUCCUCGAGGAGCUGAUAAACACCGAAGAGAGCUACAUUAGAGAUGUGCGCUUCCUCAUGAAUGUAUAUGUGACGAUCCUGGCAUCAUUACCGACCCAAGUCCCCGGGCUCCGAUCGUCCAUAAACCAAAACAUGACGGAGAUAGUGGAGCUGCACGAAGAACUCCUCGGCGAGCUACACCGGGCCGUGCCGCAUUCGGAGUACACGCAAGCUGAGUCCCCUCCAGCGGCUCGCAAUAGCCUUGGACCCGUCCCCGAGGGCAAAAACGGGGAUCUGUGGCCACAGGAGGCCCCUGAGAUGAUGGCCGAGCCCCAGGUGGUAGCCGAGGUAGCCAAGAUCUUCAUCGCCAAGAUGAACCGGUUCUUCAUAUACGAGGAGUACGGGGCCAAGUAUGAGCUCAUGAUGAACGACGUCAAUCUUGCCCGUCGGACCCUUGCAGACUGGGAGAAGUACCAGAGGGGACUAGAAGCGCUCGCAGCGUCUAUCGGGCCAAUGAACAGCCAUGACGACUUCUCUUCGAAAAAGUCUCUGACCAUUGGGGACCUACUCGUCAAGCCAAUCCAACGUGUGUGCAAGUACCCGUUACUUUUCGCAGAGCUCCUCAAGCACACGCCAGUCUUCGAUUGCCCCCAUUCACAUAUGGUGAUUGAGGAUGCUCUCGUUCGCCUCCGGGAAGCCACAGGCGAGAUCAACCGGGCUACGGAUGACCCCCAGAUGAAGACUACCCUCGAGAGAACCUGGCUGCUUCAGGACCGCCUCGUCUUCCCAGACCAGCUUUGCGGCGUUCUCCACCUCUGCUGGCAAACCAAAGACACUGUCACUGGACAAUAUCUGAUAUGCCUCCUCUAUCGCGACUGGCUCUGUAUUGCAGCGGCCGGCAGGGCCGACCAGAUAUACACUAUACUUCUCUGCAUCGAGCUGGCAAAUCUCAAGGUCGAAGACGCUGACAAUGGCAGAGGGAUACAAUGCCAUACGGCACCGCACUCAUGGAAGCUAGUGUUCGAGUGCGACUACGAGUUGUAUGAGAUUGUCAUGACGGCCUGCAGUCCCAAAGAGGGCCAGGAGUGGCGUGGUCGUCUUGAGCACUCGGCGGCCAGUGAAUACUCGCGUGCAGCUGACCCGAUGGGGUUCUGUGCCCUCUCGUUGAAUAUCAGGAGUUUGGGGACCGUGUUUGGAAAGCCAGCUCGAAGGAUAUCAAUACACCGGGCCACAACCGUUGGCCCCAAAUCUUCGCUUUGCCAGGUAGUCCUCAAAAACACGAGCCUGGAAAAGGAAGCGGCAGCGCCCUCAUCGGCAUCGUCGAAGCAUGGACCGCAAAGGUCAUUAUCAAUGCUAGGACCUCCGAAUCGAGUGUCAUUGCUGACGCCGUCGAGGUCAGAACGGGCGAGGCUCGAGGGGCUACUCUCGGACGUCUGGACUCGAGAGGCUUUACCCUUCCCGGGCAUGACGGUUCGUGGACGGGGCGAGCACCUUGUCCGAACCGGGGCAUCCUCCAUGAUGCGCAAACUGAGUGUCGCCAGCAUCGCCAGCACUUUCUCGAGAAGAUCCGGCAGCAUGGCGAGCAUAUCCAAGACCGCCAGCCCCGACGAGGCCAUCGGGUCCGGUUUCAAGCCGCCAGCAGAUCCAGUCAGCGCCGUGUGGGCCUUUGGCGCCUUGGAGGAGAGGCGCGGUUCUUGUCCGUCUACUAUUGAGACAAAAAGCAUUGCGACAAUGCCAACCCCUGAGCUGUCCCCCGGCGAAUACGACGAGCAAGGCAUGCCGUCGGUCAUGUCUUUUUCGGAUACGGCUGUCGACAAGUUUGGGUUCCCAGAUUUUGCCAACCACGCGCUCCCGGGAUCGCCCGUCACCCCCGCCUCGUCAAAGAGCAGCAUACAGCUGAGCCGCCGGCCUUCUGCAAGAUCCAGGUUCUCUCGACGGGACUCUUUGGCCUUUGGGUCUGAGAAGGCAGAAAUGUCCCAGGCAGGGCUCCCCCGGGCGUCGACAGGCUACAGGUCGUCGUCGGUCAAAUCGGGGAGCCGAUGGACCAAGGUCGGGGGCCUCCAUCGAGGGGUAAUGGUUCAAGGAAUCCGGGGCUUCUUCCGGUGA